AUGGUGACAAUGGUCUAUGCUAGAAAUAAGGCACAGGAGAGGGCAGUACUAUGGCAUGACCCGCAACAGGAUGCACAUGCUAGAGUAUAUAGUAAGAUUGACUGGGCUUUUGGAAAUUUCAAAUGGAUGAAGGACUAUGGACAUGUGGAAGCAGAUUGCUUGGAGCCAGGAGUGUCUGAUCAUUCUCAUAUCUUAGUUCAAAUCUGGGAAAGAAAAACCAUCCACCCCAAGCCAUUCAAACUUUACAUGGUCACAAUGGAUCAUAAGGAAUUCAGGCCAAUGGUGGACAGAAUAUGGAAGCAGCAGAAUGAGAUGGAUCCUAUGACAAGUAUCUGGCAAAAGUUACAUAAGCUGAAAAAUGAAGCUAAAGGUCUGAAUAAGGAGAUGGAAAAGCAUGCCAUGCAUGAAUUGGAGAAAUGGAGUUUAAUAGAGGAGAGAAUAUUGAGGCAGAAGUCAAGAGUGACAUGGAUUGACUAUGGUGACUCAAAUUCGAACUACUUCUUUGCACAGUUGAAGAUUAGAGCAAGCAAGAAUAAUAUAACUGCUGUGUAUAAUGAGUCAGGAAUGAAGGCUACUGAUCCAACUGCUGUGGAACAAGAAUUCACAAACUUCUUCACUCAACUAAUGGGGAAGGAUACGGGGCUAAAACCAUGCCUAAAUACAAGUUAUAUUAAAGCAGGAGAAUGCUUGAACUUACAGCAACAGCAGGAACUGAUAAAGGAGAUCACACAUGAGGAAGUGGAUGAAGCUGUGAGAGAUAUGCCAAAUGACAAAGCUCCUGGGGUUGAUAGCUACCCUAUAGAGUUCUUUACAAAGCAUUGGAUGAUAGUGAGGCAAGACAUAUAUGAAGUUGUAUCCUUUUUCUUCCAAAAUGGUAAAAUGAAACCAGCAUGGAAUUGUACAGCUAUCACUCUGAUUCCUAAAGUCCCAGCACCAACAACAGUUAAAGACUACAGGCCUAUUGCUUGUUGCACUACCUUGUACAAAAUUAUUGCAAAGAUCCUGACAAAAAGACUUAAAAAAGUUAUUGAGGUGAUCAUUGGCAAGUCACAGUCUGCCUUUAUAGAAGGAAGGAGCAUUAUAGGUAACAUCUUGUUUAGCCAUGAACUUUUCAAAGGCUAUACCAGGAAAGGUCUAUCCCCUAGGUGUGUCCUUAAGGUGGAUUUAAGAAAGGCUUAUGACUCAUUGGACUGGCAUUUUCUUAGAUACAUGCUCACUGAGUUGGGAUUUCCACAGAAAUUCAUCCACUGGGUAAUGGAGUGUGUGUCAACUGUGUCCUACUCUUUAAUGCUUAAUGGUGGCCUACAAAGCCAUUCAAAGCCCAGAGAGGAAUCAUGCAAGGGCAGAUAUAAAUUCAGUAAAAAUAAUGCAGGAAGCAUUCUACAGGUUUUUUGCUGCAUCUGGAUUGCAGGCAAAUACAGACAAAAGCUCAAUGUAUAUAGCGGUGUUCCACAGCAUAUCAAGGAGCUGCUACUUGAGAGUACAAGAUUCAAUGAAGGGUCUAUUCCAUUUAAAUACCUGGGGGUGCCACUGUCUGCUAAGAAGUUGAAUAUACACCAAUGUCUGCCACUGGUGGAGAAGAUCACUGAAAGAGUUAACUGCUGGUCUGCCAGGAUGCUAUCCUACUCUGGAAGAUUGCAGCUUAUCAAAUCUGUACUAUUUGGCAUUCAAACAUAUUGGGCACAAAUUUUCUUAUUGCCUAAGAAGAUUAUGAAGAUGAUUGAGACUAUUUGCAGAACUUUUCUUUGGACUGGAUCAAAUGCCAUUUCAAGAAAAGCAUUGAUAGCUUGGGACAAGAUUUGUCAACCAAAAAUUGCAGGAGGGCUGAACAUAAUCAAUAUGAGGGUAUGGAACAAAGCUGCAAUUAUCAAACAACUGUGGGCUUUGGCAAUGAAGAAGGAUGCCUUAUGGAUUAAAUGGACACACAACUACUAUAUCAAGAACAAAGACAUUGCAGAAAUGGACACACCUAGGACAGCAGCUUGGGUGAUUAGGAAAAUCAUAGAGGCAAAGAAAGAAGUGAUACAGAUGAACUCAAUGCAUGGGAGUGUCAUAUCAACUUUGGCAGACUUGGUGAAACAGGGUAGGUUCCAAAUUCAAAAGGCCUAUGUCCAGUUAAUGCCUCAGCUUCCCAAAGUUAGCUGGAAAAGCAUUCAUCUACACACACAGAUUCAUCCACGAUUCAAAUUUCACUUAUGGCUGGCCAUUCAUCAGAGAAUAGCAACUGUGGACAGACUUCUCAAGUUUGGGAUUCAUGUACCACCUGAUUGUGUAUUCUGUGCAGGUACUAUGGAAACAUUGGAUCAUUUGUACUUUGAAUGCCCACACACUAGAUUAUUAUGGGAUAGAAUACUGAAAUGGCUGGGAACUACAAGAAUAAUUGGAAGUUGGCAGGAUGAGAUAGCAUGGAUCAGCAGUAUAGCCAAAGGGAAGAAUGAAAAAGCAGAAAUCACUACAGCAGCAUUUGCUAUGGUAGUAUACUGUAUUUGGCGAGAAAGAAACUCCAUCAGAUUUCAAAAGGGUCGUUACAUGGUGGAUGAGACAUGCAAGGAGAUAGCUCUACAUAUGCACAUACAGGGGAGAUGA